UCUUGCAUAAGCAGAACACUUUGGCAGAUUGAUUAAUUUAGUCUACCCGAGAAAUUUCGCGCCGAUUUUUUUGAGGCAUGGGUGAUAGCAAAACAAGCAUAUUUACUGUGCAACAACAUAUAGGGAAACGAACGCUUUAAAGUAACAAAAAAGUUACAUGCAUUUGAGUAUUUAUAACAGCAAUUUAGUAAAAAUAUCACACAAUAUAUUUAUUUCCAAAAAUUCAUAGGCUUCAGGGAAUAUUUAACACCGGUGCUGCGUAGGAAGGUAUUACAGGACACAGGCCAUUUUCAGUGCUGCUUUCGAGUGUCUUAUCUGCAAUGGGAAUCCACGGUUUGGCAAAGCUGAUCGCUGAUCAGGCUCCUGGUGCGAUUAAGGAAAAUGACAUUAAGAGUUACUUUGGUCGAAAAAUUGCUAUUGAUGCAUCAAUGAGCAUUUAUCAGUUUCUAAUUGCUGUUAGGCAGGAUGGUAAUGUGCUGCAGAAUGAAGACGGUGAAACAACCAGUCAUCUUAUGGGCAUGUUUUAUCGCACAAUCCGUAUGUUGGAGAAUGGCAUUAAACCUGUGUAUGUGUUUGAUGGCAAGCCACCACAGCUAAAGUCUGGAGAGCUGGAAAAGAGAAGCGAACGAAGAGCAGAGGCAGAGAAGCAACUGGCACAAGCCCAGGAAGCUGGAGAGGCAGAGAACAUUGAGAAAUUCAACAAACGUCUUGUGAAGGUUACCAAGCAGCACAAUGAUGAAUGCAAGAGGUUACUGACUCUUAUGGGUGUGCCUUAUGUAGAGGCCCCUUGUGAAGCGGAGGCAAGUUGUGCUGCACUAGUUAAAGCUGGAAAGGUCUAUGCUGCUGCCACUGAAGACAUGGAUGGCUUGACAUUUGGAAGCCCCAUUCUUAUGAGACACCUGACUGCUAGUGAAGCCAAGAAAUUACCGAUUCAGGAGUUCCAUUUUAGCCGAAUUAUACAAGAAAUGAAACUUACUCAGGAACAGUUUAUAGAUUUGUGUAUUCUACUUGGAUGUGAUUACUGUGAAACAAUAAGGGGCAUUGGGCCUAAGAGAGCAACAGACCUUGUCAAACAGCAUGGCUGCAUCGAGGAGAUCAUUGAAAACAUAGAUACCACAAAAUAUCCAGUCCCAGAAGGUUGGCUGUAUAAAGAAGCUCGACAGUUGUUUUUGUCCCCAGAAGUUGUGGAUAUUGAUUCAGUUGACUUAAAGUGGAAUGAGCCAGAUGAAGCUGGGCUGGUGGAAUUCAUGUGUGGAGAGAAACAAUUCAACGAGGAUCGGAUUCGGAAUGGCACUAAGAAAAUUAACAAGAGUCGCCAAGGAAGUACACAGGGCCGACUGGAUAAUUUCUUCAAGGUUACAGGAUCUCUGUCAUCGGUAAAACGGAAGGAACCCGAAACCAAGGGCUCUGCAAAGAAAAAGCAGAAGACUGGAGCAACACCUGGGAAAUUUAAAAAGGGCAAAUAAAUUUUUUUGUAAGGAGAAACUGCAUGUCUGCUGUGUAGUCAAGAGUUUUACUUUUUUAUUAUAAUGUAAAAAGUUUUGCAAUAAAUGUUUUUUGUUUAUUUUA